AUGACUGUCUAUUGUAGGAUGGUUAACACUGAUGUUCAUGAUAUUGUGCUCCAUUCUCCUUUGGAAAAGUCUCUGCAAAUUGUUCUGGUGAGAGAUGUGGAUGGUAAAACGUUUUGGGAUGCCUUAGAUGAAGCCAUCUCUCCAAGAAUUAAAUUGCCUACUCCAGUUGAUACCUCUGCUCUUUCUACAUUUAGUACUCUGUUUCAAGGAAGGCCUCUUAAUAAGGGUACCAUUAUCUUCUUGACUUGGCCGGACUCUACCAAAAUGCUUGUUUCUGUAUCGAGUGAUGGGUUGCCUUCUGGUGUUGAUGCAACUACUGAGUCAACAAAUGUGAUAUCAGCUCUUUUUGAUGUAUUUCUGGGAAGUGAUUCAGUUUCUCCUACUCUUAAGGCUUCAGUGACCAGUGGAUUGACAGCAUUGCUGAAUGGCUGAAGUAAAGAAAACAAGAGAGAUUUUCUGCUCAGUUGUUUUAAUUCCUGACACUCAAUGUUCAUCAUAGCUUUCUACAUGAAUGAACUGCUCUAAAUCUUGUUUUGUACACUAUGAACACUUUGGAAAGUGCAUUGCUCCACUAAUCUAAUAACCAGAAGUAAGAACCCUUCACUAAAA